UAGAGAGCUGAUGUCUGUUGGAAAAAACCUAAGAUUACUAAAGCCAUUUAAUGCAAACCAGAAGUGAGAAAUGAGAGAAGGAAGAGAUGAGGAAGACAAACUAACUAAUCAGUCAGGUUCAGGAAAGCCCCCAGCGACAGCUCGUUGUGUAGACUGAAGAGUGGAAGAAAACUUCACACCCCUUUGGAGAAGAUUGACAACUUUAUUAUCAACCUAAGAUGGAAGGGCUUUACAUCAGACACAUCGAGGUUCUAGGAUUUGAGAAAAGAUUUGUCCCAAACCAACAUUACGUUUACAUGCUGAUGGUGAAAUGGAGUGACUUGACGGAAAAGCUCAUCUAUAGGAGGUUCUCUGAAAUCUAUGAUUUUCAUAAAAUGCUGAAGGAGAUGUUUCCUAUAGAAGCUGGAGAAAUUGAUUCCAAAAACAGGACUCUACCCCAUUUACCAGCUCCCAGAUGGUUAGAGGGUCACAAGACCACAGAGAACAGGCAAAGCACCCUUUCUGACUACAUCCAGUUCUUGGUCAACCAACCGCCAAAGAUCUCUCGCUGCCAGUGGAUUCUGAACUUCUUUCAGGUCCGCCCUGACGAUGUGGUCCUGCCAGAUCCACACCCGACAAAAAAGACAGAAACUUAUUUGUUGACAAAAGAUAAAGCAAAAACAAGCAUGUCCGCAAUCACGGGUCCAAUUUUACUCCAAACCUAUCGCUCAAUCGCGGACUAUAAGAAGAAUUCCAAAUACGAAAUGAAUGUUCAAACAGGAGAUACUGUCGAGAUUGUGGAGAAAAGUGAAAAUGGUUGGUGGUUUUGCCAAAUGGAAGGGAAGCGUGGCUGGCUGCCCGCCUCUUUUCUUGAACCCCUUGAAAGCCCAGAUGAGAGUGACGAGCAAGAUCCCAAUUAUGAAGGUGAGCCGUAUAAAGUCACAAAUAGCUACACUGCUGUUCAGGAGGAUGAGAUGACUCUAGAUGAAGAUGAGCUGGUUGAUGUAAUUCAUAAGUUGCUUGAUGGUUGGUGGGUGGUAAGGAAGGGUGACGUUACAGGAUAUUAUCCCUCCAUGUAUCUCCAGAAAGCAGGCACAGCUCCAAAGUCUGGAUUCGCCACAAACAGAAAGAGCCUCCCUCCACCACGAAGAACAACGAUACGGAACGCACAGAGCAUCCAUAAAACAGAACGGAAGCAGAUUAGCCAGGAUGUGUACAGGCGGAAUAGUAAACGCUAUCUCCAACAGAAGAACAGGAACCAACCAGUCAGCAAUAAGAACGUGUGGAAACAGGACCAUGACCCAAGGAAGCCAGAGAAAUCACAGCACCCAGGUGCUAAUGACCAAGACAAAGACAGGCAGCAGGAGAAGACAACUCCAGUGAUUCCUCCAAGACCUACACUCAGUGAGAUCAUGGAACACUGCACUGAACAAACCAAAAGCAGAAUAAAAUGAAUGCAAUUGCUGAAAGGGGAGAAACCGAAAAUAUUGGCUCUACGUAGGAGGUGUGAUGAAGGAAAUCUGUCCAGUCUGCUUCUGUGCUUAGUUCCUGCCGUAAACUAUAUAGAACCUACAAUACAACUUCUCCAUUCCAAUAUUAAUACUCCACUGCCUUUAGUUCCUUCUGUAUCCCAUCUUCUCCAUUCUCCCUUGUCUGUUGCAAUAAAACAUAUAUAGAGAACUGCUCAAUAUUAUGGUUUGUCAGAUGAGAUUCAAUCAGUAUCUAAGAUGUUGUCUUAGCCUAACAUUAUCUAACCUUAAUUAACGAGACUUUUGCCAUUUGCAGUUCAGUGUUUGAUGCCAACUUAACAUUGAAGCUCACAGCACAGAACACUGAAAAUGGAAACAAUCCAUCAUCUCUGAUAAGGCUUAAACUCCUUGAGCUUCCAAACAGAAAUUGUACUAAGACAACACCUAUAGACCUUGGCCUGUGAGGGGUAUGUUACCAUUCCUGGUCCAAUUUCCUGUCACAAAGACUGUCCAUUCAAUUUGCACAGCUUGUCUCAGCAUUGCCCAACAUUAUUACAAUGUUUGCUUAAGGUGUUAACUUAAGAAUGUGAGAAAUAGGAGCAGGAAUAGACCAUUCGGCCCAUCAAGCCUGCUCCACUAUUCAUUAUAAUUAUAGCUGAUCUUGGGCCUCAGCUCCACUUUCUUGCCUGUUUACCAUAUCCCUUAAUUCCCCAGGACAUCAAACAUCAGUCCAUCUUAGCGUGAAAUCUAUUCAAUGAUGGUGCAUUCAUCACCCUCUGUAGAGAGUUCCAAAGCUUGUGAGAUAAGAAACUUAUCUUCACCUCAGUCUCAAAUCAUUCACCUCUUAUUCUGAGACGAUGCCCUUGAGUUCUAAAUUCCCUAGCCAAUGGGAAACAACUUCUCAAUGUAAACCCUGCCAAGUCAUUUCAGAAUCUUGGAUGUUUUUAGGAAGGUCAUUUCACAAUUUCCUAAACUUCAGAGAGUAUGGACUUAAUUUUUAAUGGACCAGUCUUUACGAGAACCCUUUCAUUCCAGGAAACACCUAGUGAACCUUCAGUGUACACCUCCUCUGUAAGAUAUACCCUUCUUUAAAUACAUAGACCAGAACUGUGCACAGUGCUCCAGCUGUAUUCUCACAAAAUCCCUGUAAGAUUGCAGCAUGACAUUUCAUUCCUAUCCCACAGUGACUUUGGCGUAUAUCCUAUUUGCUUUCCUGAUUGCCUGCUUUUUUUGUGUUUCGUGUAAGAGUACAUCUAGAUUUCUCCCAACACCAACAUUUACAAGUUGCACACUUCUUUAAAACAUGCUGCUUUUCUUGCCCUAUGAUCAAAGUGAAUCACCUCUCACUCUCCCACACAUUUCUCCAUCUGCUGCCUUGUUGCCAACUCUCAUCUCUAUCUCUUCUCAUGUGUCCUCACAACUUAUAAUCCCACCUGGUUAUGCAUCACCAGCAAAUUUAUUUGCAAUACUCGCUUUCUUUAGUUACAGUACCCCUCUCAUCAUCUAAGUCAUUAAUGUAGACUAUAACUAGCUAAGGGCCCAGCACUGGUUCUUGUGGGCCCCAUGAUUUCCAGUUUGAAAAUACUCCAUUUAUCCCAACUGUCCAUUAACCAAUCUUGUAUUUAUGUUAGGACAUCACCCUCCAAUUCCAUGAUCCCCAUUUUUUUCAUGUGGCAGCUUAUCAGGCAUAUUUUAGAGUUCCAGGUGGAACUCAUCUACAGGGUUCCCCUUUAACUACCCUUCUAGGUACAUCAUGGGAAAAAAAACCUACUGUAAAUUGUCAAACAGGGUUUCCCUUCAGGAAAAUCAUGUUCACUUUGACUGAUCAAACCGUGUACGUGCACUGUAAGACUUCCUCAAUAGCAGAUUCAGCACUUCCUGAUCUUGGGCUAACUAGCCUUUAGUUCCCUAUUUUCUCUCUCCUUUUCCUGAAUAGUGCUGUUAUAUUUGCUAAAUCUGAAUUUGCUUGGAAUAUUCCUAGAAACUAGUGAAUCUUUGGGAAAUCACUCUAGCUGCCUCUUUGGGAAAUCUAGGAUGUAAACUAAGUGCUGGGGAUUUAUCCUAAUCAUGUUCUUUUCUGCUGACACUAAUUUCCUGCGGUUCCACCCUCUUAUUAACCCUGAGGUUAGCCUUUAUCCUGAGUAUGUAAUUUGUGUCUUUAACUGAGAAUACAGUUACUGAGAUUCUGGAUCUACCUAAGCGAACCAUAAUUCUGCAGUUGUGUUAAGAUUUACUAAUU